CGGCUGCGUAGAUGAACACACACGACCGGCGCUGGGACUUCAGCAUGGCGGUGUUUGCAGAUUUGGACCUGCGAGCGGGCUCCGACCCGAAGGCCCUGCGCGGACUUGUGGAGAACGCCGCUCACCUUGGCUAUUCAGUUGUUGCCAUCAAUCAUAUUGUUGACUUUAAGGAAAAGAAGCAGGAAAUUGAAAAACCAGUAGCUGUUUCUGAACUCUUCACAACUCUGCCAAUUGUACAGGGAAAAUCAAGACCAAUAAAAAUUUUAACUAGAUUGACAAUUAUUGUUUCGGAUCCAUCUCACUGCAAUGUUUUGAGAGCAACUUCAUCAAGGGUCCGGCUCUAUGAUCUUGUUGCAGUUUUUCCAAAGACAGAAAAACUUUUUCAUGUUGCUUGCACACAUUUAGAUGUGGAUUUGGUCUGCAUAACUGUAACAGAGAAGCUACCCUUUUAUUUCAAAAGACCCCCUAUUAAUGUGGCAAUUGACCGAGGCCUGGGCUUUGAACUUGUCUAUAGUCCUGCUAUCAAAGACUCUACAAUGAGAAGGUACACAAUUUCCAAUGCCCUCAAUUUGACACAGAUCUGCAAAGGAAAGCCUUUAGAAAUAAGAGGACCAUAUGAUGUAGCGAACCUAGGACUACUGUUUGGGCUCUCAGAAAGUGAUGCCAAGGCUGCAGUAUCCACCAACUGCCGAGCUACACUUCUUCAUGGAGAAACUAGAAAAACUGCUUUUGGAAUUAUUUCGACAGUGAAGAAGGCUCGGCCAUCAGAAGGGGAUGAUGAUUCUCUUCCAGCCUGCAAGAAAGCCAAAUGCGAUGGCUGAGGAUGGGCUGGUCUCCGUGAGCACGCCCUUCUUCCCAUCUGUAGUUCACCAGCCACAGCACAAAUAAAACCUUGGCAUGAUUUACUGCUUUCAUUUGGAGCUGGAAAUCAAUAGUCUAUAAAAACAGUUUUACAUUCAAGCCAUGAAAACAACAAACAAAACCUAGUGAAGCAUUAAAAAAACAGACUGCCAGCUUAAUGAAUUUAGAUGUACUUUAAGAGAAAAGCAGAGACUAUUUAUUUCUCCCUUGUGUAAGUGGUAAAUUACAGCUGGAUAAGAUGUUUCAAUAUAGGUUAUUUAAGAAAUUCUUUUAAAAGGUUUCUUGUUCAUUUAAAAGCUCAUGCUUUUCUACCUUUCUUGAUGUAUAUAGCUUAUCUCCUUUUAAUUUUACUACUCAAGAAGUAGUUAUUUUGAAGACUGUUAAAACUUAUUUUGAGGGAUGACUUUUAAUUGAUCUCCUCUUGUUUUAAGCUUCUCUUUCAUGUAUUUAUCAUGUAAGCGUUCUUUCUAAAAGGAAUUGCUGUAGAAUUUGUGAAACGAGAGGGGAUGUUUGCUUAAAAUUAUACUUGGUCUCUUCCUUUAUCACUUCUUACCUCUGUGAGGUCUUUGAAACAGAAUUCUUUCCUUUUAGUUGGAAACUCCUAAAAAACCUAAUAUUGAUUUUCCUAGUAGCUGUAUUAAAAUAGCAAAGCAGUGGACUCAACCAACUUUGGAAAUAAUUUUAAUAUCAGGAUCAUCGUGUUAAGGAGAAGUAGCCAUUUCUGCAAAUAUCUGCACUUAUGCUAUGUUGAUGUAAGGGUCCCAAGACUCAACGGAGUAGAGCAAGUAUAAAUGAAUAAAACAUUUUUUUAAAACAAAAAA